AUGUUAACAGAGGGGACGUGCCACAGGGAAAGUUUGGGAAAGAUUCAGCAUAAAGUGAACUCCGCCACCAUCAUCGUCCCGAGAGUUUCCACUAACCCUGACGUGCAUCACGACUUCUGCACCUUCCAGCCACUGUCUCCUAAUGACGCCCUGGAGGAACGCCUCCUACUGGACUCCAUUGCUUGGCCUAAAACUCCACUAUUGCCAGCUCCUCUUUGCCUGGAGAAGACCAGUGAUCCAGCUCACAGCUCCUUCACCAUUCUCCCAAGGAGAGGAGGAGGACAGUGGCACGUAGGGGAUCAGCUGGAGGUUAGGAUCAAAAUCUCUGAUUUCGACGGCUGUCCCAAGAAGUCUGGAGGGGACUUCUUACUCGCCCGACUGCACAACCAGAAGCUUGGUGCAGGUGUGGUUGGGCAAGUGGUGGAUCAUCUGAAUGGCAGCUACUCUGCUGUAUUCCCUUUACCCUGGGAAGGAGAUGCGGAGGUUGAGGUGACGCUGGUUCACUCUAGUGAAGCUGUCACAGUGCUGAACAGGCUGACCAGUGAACAGCCUGACAGGAUUUCCUUUAAGAGCCUCUUCCGCUCAGCCUCACUCUCUGAAACUACAAUCUGUAACGUCUGCCUACGUCCAACAAAGCAGCCGCUGUGCAACUACACUGACCUCCGUACAGGCGAGCCUUGGUUCUGCUACAAGCCAAAGAACCUGAGCUGUGAUGCCAGGAUCAACCACGCAAUGGGAAACUACAAACAAAACCUCAGGGCCAACGAGGAGAAGCUCUUUCAAAGUCGUGUCAACUUGAAAGUCUACCUACAAGCUUCAGGACCAGCCAAUGUCACAGUGUUGCCAACAAAGAAAGGUACAAUUUUACUACUGCCAUUACUAAAGAAUAGCAGCAGUGUGAAGUCUGGCUAUUACUACCAGGGUGUGUGGCGAGCACUAGGUGGCACCACAAUUCGCCAAUUUAACAACUCCACCAUCAGUCAGUGUCUGAAAGGCAAGGAGGUCCACAUGUAUGGAGACUCCACCAUCAGGCAGUGGUUUGAAUACCUCAACGCAGCACUGCCAGAUCUUAAAGAGUUUAACCUGCACAGCCUGAAGCAAGUUGGACCUUUCAUGGCCUUGGACUAUGCAAACAACAUCUUGGUGACGUACCGCUGCCACGGUCCUCCUAUCCGUUUUUCCAACGUCCCAACCAGCGAGCUUCGCUACAUUGCCAAUGAAAUUGAUGGCUUAACCGGAGGCAACAAUACUGUUGUAGUUUUCGGCAUCUGGUCUCAUUUCAGCACUUUUCCCAUGGAGGUCUACAUCCGGCGGCUGCAGAGCAUCCGCAGGGCGGUGGUGCGGCUGCUGGACAGGGCUCCAGGCACGGUGGUCAUCAUCCGGACCGCCAACCCCAAAGCCUUGACACUUUAUGAGACAAUAACCAACAGUGACUGGUACUCGCUGCAGCGUGAUAAGGUGCUCAGAGCAAUGUUCAAAGGACUCAACGUUCAUCUGAUCGAUGCCUGGGAGAUGGUUCUUGCCCAUCACCUGCCGCACAACCUCCACCCACAACCUCCCAUUAUUAAGACUAUGAUGGACCUUCUCUUGUCCUACAUAUGCCCUAAAAACAGUGGCUAGAUGCGUGUUUGUUGCAGUUCCAAGCCAUAUUAGGGUUGGGUAUUACAAAUAACCACUGCUGAAUGAUCACAAUUAACACAAACUGUACAACCUCAUUACUUGCCCCAUGUGUUGGGAUUGUCAAGCAGCAUUUCAGGAAAUGCAGAAAACACUGUAUACUAUUUCUUUGCUGGGCACAGUGACUUCCUGAAUGACUCCGGGAUGGUUUAUACACGAGAUACUGUUGUUAUCCAGCAUAGUGGGAGUUUUUUUCCAUUCUAUAAUCAGUCAAUGGAGGAUAAAACUGCAAGUGGAUUCACUUUUUAAGAAGCCUUAACUUAAACAGCCACAUAUUUAUAAAAAUGUCCCUCAUGGGAUGUUAAUGGUGUAAUGGCUCCAAAGAUCAGGAACAAAG